CUUUAAAAUAUUGUUGAAAUAUUGAAAAUAAUAUUAAAUGCACCGCUCCGCCACCGACACGUUUAGGGCGUGCGCAUCGCCCACAUCCUUGAAGAGUAUCCGCUCGUCGUCGUGGUUCCAUUCCCCUCGCUGUACUCGGUCGAGAUGCGGCCAAUGUGCUCCUUUCGAGAGAACAGCACGAAGGCGGCAGGCACCACACAGGUCCGCUUGUCGGUGGCCAGCGCACAGUCGAUGGACAUAGUCGCGGGGCCGGAACUUGUCGGUUUUUCCAUCGCACCAGACGCCAGAAUCCUGAAGACGCCGGUGUCCAGAUGCCGUUUUCGGACGAACAGCUGUUCCACCUCCACCCCCAGUCCAGACAAAUGACGGCACCGGCGAAAAACCAGGUAAUUGUGCUCCAGCCUGGUUACUCCCACGAGGAUGAAAAUGAUAAGACUGCCAUGAGAGCGAACUGCACCUGCACGCUGAUCCGCUGCAGAGACGGCCAAAAUAUCAUCGUGGACACUAUGACAGCUUGGGACGGCGACCUGUUGCAAUCUCUGCUGAGGCACCAAGGUCUGGAAGUCGAGGACAUACAUGUUGUCGUCUGUACCCACGGACACUCUGAUCACAUUGGAUGCAAUUACUUGUUUAAGACGGCGCGCAUUCAUAUGGUAGGAGCUUGUACCUCCAACCGGAAUCUAUACUUCGACCAUCUUUCCAGCGGCGACGUAAACGAGGAAAAACAAUUGGAUACAAAUGGCGAGGUUGUGGUCAAGCGGACACCUGGGCAUACGCUUAGCUGUGUUUCUGUAAUCGUGCAAAGCACUCAGCUUGGCGGCACGGUUGGUAUUGCUGGAGAUCUCUUCGAGCGCCGGGAGGAUGUGGAGGAUGACAGCAUUUGGAGGAACGCUGGCAGCGAGGAUGAAAACAGUCAGCGCGUGGAGCGAAGCAAAAUGAGUCUUUUGUGUGAUCACAUUGUGCCAGGACAUGGACCGAUGUUUCCGUUGACUACCGAAAUGCGCCUAAAGUUAAAACGAGACGCGGAAUUACUUUAAUUAGAUAAAUCGUAACUAAAAAAAUCAAUUUGGAACAAGUUGGCAGUUUCACCGAUAGUUUUGCAGUCCAAUGACCCAUCACUAAUUCGAGUGAAUUUGCAUUAAAUUUAGAUUUAAAAAUUUGUUUAACAAACAAAACGAACCAUA